GAAACAAUGUAACGUCACGUAUGACACAUGUGAUAAACAAAUUCGAAGAGUCUAAACAUUGUCACAUUAUUCUUUACAAAUUAAUUUAAUAUUUAUAGCCGGAACAAGUUGGACAAAUUUAGGAUGUCUGUAACUUUACACACAGAUAUUGGAGACAUAAAGAUUGAGCUAUUUUGUGAACAAUGUCCUAAAGCAUGUGAAAACUUCUUGGCUUUAUGUGCUAGUGAUUACUACAACGGGUGUCUUUUUCACAGAAAUAUUAAGGGUUUUAUAGUACAAACUGGAGAUCCUACAGGAACUGGUAAAGGAGGUACAUCAAUUUGGGGCAAAAAGUUUGAUGAUGAAUUCAAAGAGGAGUUAAAGCACAAUGCAAGAGGAAUGGUUAGUAUGGCUAAUAAUGGGCCAAACACAAAUGGAAGUCAAUUUUUCUUCACAUAUAGUGAGCAACCCCAUCUUGAUCUUAAAUAUACAUUGUUCGGAAGAGUCAUUGAUGGUUUCGAAGCAUUGGAUGAUUUAGAAAAAAUGCCAGUUAACCCAAAGACAUUUAAACCAUUAUCCGAGGCAAGGAUAACAUCAAUUACAAUACAUGCAAACCCCUUGGCCGGUUAGAUUAAAUGAAAAUAUUAAAUUAUG